AGUAAGUUUACUAGUAUAUAAACACAUGUAGAACCACUGUAUUGUUUACUCCAACGAUCAACAUGUUCUAAUGUUCUAGCUUUGAGAAAGCUAUAGUUUCAAAUCUUUGGGAAUUAUUCGUUGUUUUGCAAACAAUGUCGAUGAUCAACACACUCGUUUGCAUUUUGAUUUUCUUCUUCCUCGCUUUGUUGUUGUUUAUUGGCAUCGCACAUAGCCAAAAAAUACUGGAAAUAACCAAGUACGGUGCUGUGGGAGACGGGCGAACGGAUGAUUCCCCAGCUUUUGUGAAUGCAUGGAAAGAUUUAUGUCAAUGAAUUAAUGAAGCUAGUAAUGGCAUACCAACACUUAUUGUGCUGGAGGGGAAAACGUUCUUAUUGCAACAUAUAAAAUUUGAAGGCCCAUGCAAUACACAGAACAUUCACCUUCAAGUUCUAGGAAAUUUGUUGGCACCUGCGCGUGUUGCAUAUGGAAAGAAUGCGAUUCGGAGGACUGGCUAAGUUUUUUGAACGUCGAAAACCUAUUGCUUGACGGCUCAGGAAAAAUCGAUGGCCAGGGUGCUGCAUGGUGGAGCACUAGCCAAUACGAUGGGAGAUUGCGCAAGCUGUUGGGGGAUAACGACUGCAAACCACAGAAGGCACUGCAAUUCCAGAAUAGCCAAAACCUCAAGGUCAGCGGACUCACCUUUCUAAACAACCCGCAAGUGCAUAUUGGUAUAAAUAGUUGUGACAACACAGAUGUAUCGCAUUUGAACAUACAUGCGCCUGAAGACAGUCCAAACACUGACGGUAUUGACACCUCCUUCUCGAGCCAUGUCAUGGAAUUAGUGUUGGAAGCUUGGGAGAAGAUGGAGCUAGUAACAAAGUGGACAACAUAUAUGUGAAAGAUUGUAGUUUCACUGGAACUACAAACGGAGCAAGAAUAAAGACGUGGCAAGGCGGUUCCGGGUAUGCAAGGAACAUCACGCUUGAGAGGAUCAAACUUGACAGAGCUCAAUAUCCUAUCAUUAUUGAUCAGUACUAUUGUAAUGGGGAAAACAAUUGCAAAAGUCAGUCGUCGGCCGUGGUGGUGGCGGAUGUGACGUACAUCGAUUUUGAAGGCACUUCUGCGACGGAGGAGGCGAUUAAACUCGAUUGCGAUCAAGUUUCAGGUGGCUGUCAUAAUAUUGUGAUGGAUAGGAUUAAUAUAAUGCCAGCGGUGAGGGAUAUGAAGAUUUUUGCGACUUGUAACAACGCCAAAGGGACUUAUGUCGGCACUACGGUGCCCAACGUGCCUUGUCUACAGUGUUCAGCGACGGAGCCUACGAGGCCAACAACCAUCUACACCGGAAGUGGAGCUUCUGGCAGUGCUAAUCUACAUAUAAACUACUACCUGUUUUGUCCACUGAUGACGGUUCUUGUUGCAUCAGCUAUUUUUUGAUUAACUUGUGUAUCACAUGCUUUUAACUUGAGUAACUUGCAUCUGG